GCCCUCUCGGGGCCGCGCGGGGCCCGGGCGGCGGCGCGACGGGAGGAGGGGGAGGAGGAGGAGGAGGAGGAGGAAGGAGGACGUCUAUGCAGGCGGCCCGCGCAUGGAGGAGGAGGAGGCCAUGAACGGCGACCGGACCGAGAGCGACUGGCAGGGGCUGGUGAGCGAGUACCUGGUGUGUAAAAGGAAGUUGGAGAGUAAGAAGGAAGCCCUGCUGAUCCUUUCCAAGGAGCUGGACACCUGUCAACAGGAAAGGGACCAGUACAAACUCAUGGCCAAUCAGCUCCGAGAGCGCCACCAGUCCCUGAAGAAGAAGUACCGAGAGCUGAUUGAUGGAGAUCCAUCACUUCCUCCUGAAAAAAGGAAACAGGCUAAUCUUGCACAACUGUUGAGAGAUUCUCAGGACCGAAAUAAACAUCUGGGAGAAGAAAUUAAAGAACUUCAGCAAAGGCUUGGAGAAGUCCAGGGCGACAAUAAGCUCUUGAGGAUGACAAUUGCCAAACAAAGGCUUGGAGAUGAAGAAAUUGGCGUGCGCCACUUUGCAGCCCAUGAGCGUGAAGACUUGGUUCAGCAGCUGGAGAGAGCCAAGGAACAGAUUGAGUCUUUGGAGCAUGACCUGCAGGCCUCUGUGGAUGAGCUUCAGGAUGUUAAGGAAGAGCGGUCCUCCUACCAGGACAAGGUGGAGAGGCUAAACCAGGAGCUAAACCAUAUCCUGGGUGGGCACGAGAACCGCAUCAUUGACGUGGAUGCCCUAUGCAUGGAGAACAGGUACCUUCAAGAAAGAUUAAAGCAACUCCAUGAAGAGGUCACCCUUUUGAAAUCGAACGUUGCCAAAUACAAGAAUGCCCUCGAGAGACGGAAAAACUCAAAGGGCCAGGGUAAAUCCAGCAGCAGUGCUCUGACAGGAGUCCUGUCAGCAAAGCAAGUCCAGGAUUUGCUGUCUGAGGAUCACGGGUGCAGUCUCCCAGCCACUCCACAGUCCAUUUCCGACCUGAAAUCUCUGGCGACAGCACUGCUGGAGACAAUCCACGAGAAAAACAUGGUCAUUCAGCAUCAGAGGCAAACCAACAAAAUCCUAGGGAAUCGUGUGGCUGAGCUGGAAAAAAAAUUAAGAACUCUGGAAGUUUCUGGUUUGUGGAGUCUUCCAGGGGGCAAGGACACCAUACUGUUCAGCGACCCCAGUCUUCCCACCAUACAGAGGUCAAGAUCCCCACUGCUGAAGUUUGUUGACCAGCCCACCGAGAACAAAGCGAAUCCCAAGGAUGGGGAGGUUCAGAAGCAGGAAGGAGAUGAAAGUUGUGCCGCUGCCGAGGCGUUGACAGCGCCCGAGGAUGCUGGGAGACCCGCUGUCAACUCCCAGGCAAAUUUCAGCCUCAGGAACCAACGCAAGCUCUUUCAUCCGUCAUUACCCCGGGUACCUUCCGAGGAAGAAGAAGUAAACAAGCUUGGGAGGGAAAUAAUUAAACUGACAAAGGAACAGGCAGCUGCAGACCCGAAAGAGGUCAGAAGAGAGAGUCCCGUGGAGGGUCAGAGGAGCGGGAGGCCCAACGCGCCAGGCCCGGCCUCGCAGGGGGAGCCCCCCGGGCCUCAGCCGGGCCCCUCUGAGCCCAGCCAGCCGGCGGCCGAGGCUUCCGCGCCGGGAGGCGGCACGGGGAUCCCAGAGGGCGCAGGCACGAGGAGCACAGUGAAAACAUGAGGGGCAAAGGCAUCCGACGUGAUGACACGCUGAAAGCCCCGGACGGUGAGGAGCGACGUGUCAGAGCAGCGCGCCCGAGCCGCUUUCCCCUGAAACGCCUCCGAGUCUGCAAGUGCGAAAACGCUCCGAUCCCGCUGCAAACUGUGAACAGUCCGAGGAUGCCAGUGCAGUCCGAUUUAUUAAACGCGGGCCUCAGGCUUCUCGGUGUCAUCUCUUUCUGCCGAAGAUGCGCCGCCGUGAGCGUGGCCGCGCGUGGGAACAGCGUCCACCCUAGCGCCGGUUUUCAGCCUCCGUCUUUCUGUCAGCAUUUGUUUUAUCAGAGACAAGAUGUUUUCCUAUUAGCACUUCAUGUUGCUGAUCAAAAUUGUGGGAAGAGGUAGGAACCGAUGGGGUUUUAAUCAGGUUCCUGUCUCGGUAAAGGCUCGCGGCUGGAGGGGAAGGUGUAACUGAGCAGAACGUGUCUGGAGGGCCCAGGGCCCUGCAGCUUGCACCCUGCAGGGAGGGCGGCCGGCGUGGGGGCGCUUGGCUUCCUGCCCUCAGCACUGUCUGUCACGCGUGGACUGGCAGGCGGAAAGGCACUUAGGGGCUUCUGGUUUGAAAUCCACAGCGACGGGGAUGGGGGUAUGUAAAAGAGGGGGAGGGGACUCCCGAUUGGGGUCUGUGAUUUUUUGUUUGUUUGUUUCUGAGAUGAGACGAGAGUUAGAAUCUGGAAAUGCUAGUUCUCUCCGUUCAACCUGUCCUGCAUGGAGGGUGUUAUGGCCAUUUCAGGUCUGGGGGAGAUCUAGCUGCUUAGGGCCAGUCUAGUUUCCUGUACCACCAGAAACCUCGACCCCUUCACAGGUACUGGGAUUUUUAAGACAAGACACAGAGCUCAUGGACCUACAGAGGAAAGAGAGAGGAAAACAAAAGAACUUCAUUACAGCAUUUUAAGGGGAACUGUGGAACCAAGUCUAAGGGUGGGAAAGGAAGGCGUGGUCAAUCCUAUAUGGUUCUUUCCUUUGGAAUAAAAAUGAGCUUUUCUAGGUGGCAUCUGCCACUGCAGAAAAUUAAAAGAGCAUCCAACCAUAGACCUUUCUUUGAGCUGAACUCAGUUUAUUUCCCCAGGACAGCCUGAUACCAGAUCCCAAAGCUCAGAAUGCUUCUGAGAACCUGAAUCACUCCUUUGACAGCCCCUCCUGCAGGAACAAAAAGAGGCUCCCACAGUGGUAGAGACUAAAAAUUCAUCUUAAAAAUCCAAUGUUUACACCAGACUCGCGAUCUUGGGUGUGAUACCUGCAUGUGAGGGGCCAGCCUACACCGACCGACACAUCCCUGCGGGGUUGCAUCUCCCGCAUCACUCUGCUGGCAGAAUGGAAGCCCCAUCAGAUGUUGUGCAGCCUCACUCUGAAGGAGGGCAAAGUGCAGCCCAGAAGGACCCAGUCCUUUGUCAGGUGCACACUGCGUGGGCCUCCAGCUGCUUUGGCCACCCCUAUCUAGCAAAACGGGAGCAUGCUGGAGUCAGUGCUGUGUUGCUGCUGGUGAGGAGGACAUGCCAUCAGCCCCUGUCCACUGGUCUCCCGUGCUCCACUCUUCCCUCUGUAUUCCAGCCUAUCCCCCCACCCUGGAGGCCCACCCCCACAGCUUCCCCUCAGGGGAAAUCGCUUCUGCAGCUGCAGAGCUUGCACAGACCAGCAGUCACAGAAAUAAUUUUUCUGCUGGACUGGGCCUUAACUGUUUGCAAAUAUUUAGCACUACCGCAUAGGAUGGCAGAGCUACCAAAGGAAAAUACAGCCAAGUUAAAUACAAUAAUAAUAAAAAGACAGACAUGUGCACAUCUUCAGGGCCCAUUCAUCACCUUCUGGAAAGCAGGGUUUAUCAAAAACUUCAACACAUUCCAUCAGGAUCAGGGAAACUGCAGUGUAUCCCAAAGAGUCUGGGGUUCAGGGCAGGGGUCAGGGUUCACAGGGAGGGGUAACCUAAACCCUGUGUGUGCAGACAGCCAAGAAGGUCUGCGUUAUUAGAUGGAAUGGGAGCCAAUGAGUUGAUCCUGUCCCAGGUGUAAUCAUGACAACACCCCAUAGACAUAGGUGACACUGUCCCACCUCUGCUACCGCCAUCCAGCAUGGUUCUUCUGUUCCACAGACAUUAAAGGGAAUUUUGGCAAUUACUUGUGAUUGUCCUUUGUCUUUUUAGGGGUCGUCGUGAAAGGGUGCAGCAUCCUGUCCCCUACUCUUCCAGAUAAGCCUGCACC